CGAAGGGGGUAAAAGUUGGUUUUCGGAAACAAAAUUUCCGUCGAGGUGACUAGAUUGGCCUUGGAUCAAACCCCAAAAAAACCCAGUUAGGUGUUGAAUUAUCGUAGGAUCUUUCUUCGAUGCUGAACGUUUUGAAGUGAAAGUUGAAGAAUAAAGCAAUGACGUUGGCAGCAGGGAUCGGAUAUGUGCUGCUAGCGCUUGGACCUUCUCUUACCCUCUUUGUUACUGUCAUCUCUACUAAACCCUUCUUGAUCCUCACCCUUCUCUCCAGUACACUGGUGUGGCUGAUUAGUUUGAUUGUGCUUUCUGGAGUUUGGAGGGUGUUCCUUCCACUUAAAACAACAGCAUGGUGGCCUUAUGCAAUCCUUAUAUUGACUUCUAUUGCUUUCCAAGAAGGUCUUCGCCUUGUGUUGUGGAGAGGUUACAAGAAGCUGGAAGAUAUGUUGGAUGCCUUUGCUGACAGAGUUGCUAAACCCCGUCUCUAUCUUACUGAUAAGAUGCAAAUUGCCCUUGCUGGCGGACUAGGUCACGGUUUGGCUCAUGCUGUGUUUUUCUGCCUCAGCCUCUUAACUCCUUCAUUUGGACCCGCCACAUUUUAUGUUGACAAGUGCUCUUAUGCUCCUUUUUUUCUUAUUUCUGCAAUUAUCUCCCUUGCAUUUGUUACAAUCCACACUUUCUCAAUGGUGAUUGCUUUCAAUGGAUAUGCUGAAGGGAAUAAGACUGACCAAAUGGUUGUUCCUUUCUUUCAUCUGAUUGCUGGAACAUUGACUCUUGUAAAUCUGGUGUCAGGUGGUUGUAUUGUGGGGAUCCCGCUGCUGUAUGUGGUGGCAUUGUCAACCUUAGCCUACUGUGGGAACAUGGUUUGGAGGAGAUUCACAGAAACUCAAAUCAGGCUCACUCCUCAAAAUCAAUCAUAAUUUUCAAUCUCAGUUCUCAAUUCUCAAACCAACCAACUGUUUCUAGCUUUCAUAGUUAAUCAAAACUUAAAACUGCUAUCA